ACAAGUUACAAGGUGUGGGCUCUCAUUGACGGAAUCCCCGAUCUUCCCUCCAGUCUCAUCACCGUCACCAUUGAAAUAUAGAGAGUAGAGACACAAUGAAAUCAGAAUUGUUCUCCUUCUCGCCUCUGCGCUCAAACUCCUCCUUCUCCUUCUCCUUCCAAUCUAUCACACAACAAAUACUACCAUAUCUUUACAUCAUAACAAUACAUACAUACAUACACAGCGAGAGGGAGAGGGAGAAAGAAAGAGAGGGAGGGAGAAAGAGAGGGAGGAGUUAGCGCGAAUGGGAAUAAUAUCCGAAGAUGCAGUUGUGAUCAAGGAAGCAGAGGGAUUAGGGGGUGAGACAAUAAUCACGAUUAGUUGCCCUGACAAGACUGGCCUCGGAUGCGACCUCUCCAGGGUCAUCUUGUUAGGUGGCCUCAACAUUGCCAGGGGAGAUAUUCAAACUGAUGUUAAAUGGUGUUUCGUAGUUUUCUGGGUGACUGGGAAGCCAAUAAUAAGUUGGAAUUUGCUGCGGCAAAGGCUUCUUCAAGUCUGCCCACUAUGUACUCCGGCAGCAUCUGGUAUUUACUAUUAUCGACCUGAGGUUCAGGAGCCCAAGCCAAUGGAGAUCUUCUUGUUGAAGUUUGGGUGCUCUUAUGGCUGGACGGGGCUCUUACAUGAUGUUGCCAAAGCACUUUGUAAGUUGGAGCUCGGAAUCAAAAUAGUGAAAGAAUAUGCUGCACCAGGCGGGAAGCUAAUGAACUUCUUCUAUUUGUAUGACACAAGGAAACUUCUUCACACUGAUAUGAGACAAGAGGAAACGAUUAACCGUUUGAAAUCUGUGUUGGGGGACGCCAUGAUUAGCUCCGAGACUGAGCUGGCUCCUGCUGAAGUAACCGCGUGUUUACCAACUCCUCUUCCAUCCCCGCUUACAGAAAGCACGUUUAGCUUCGAGAUGUAUGAUGGUGAGUCGAGCGGGGUUGGGGUUCCUUCUGCAGACACUGUUUCUGUGUUGGUUGACAACAAUCUCAGCCGCUCCCACACGUUGCUUCAAAUAUCGUGCCGGGAUCAGAAAGGUCUCAUCUAUGAUAUCAUGCGUACGCUCAAAGGUUACAACUACCAGGUCUCUUACGGGCGAUUCUUUACGAAUGGAAAAGGAUCUUGUGAGGUGGACCUAUUUAUAAUGCAAGAUAAGAAGAAGAUACUUGACCCCGAGAAGCAAAACACUAUGUGUGCUCGAUUGCGCACAGAGCUUGCCUGUCCGCUCAGGGUGGACGUGUUUAGCAGGGAUAAUGCGACCGAGAUCUUAGUAGCCAACCCAGUUGAAUUGACUCGUAAAGGGCGCCCCCUCUUGUUCUAUGACAUCACCUUGGUUCUCAAGAGGCUUGACAUCUACAUCUCUUCGGUGGAGACGGGCAGACAUUGGGUUCACGACCGCGAGUGGGAAGUGUUCAGGAUGGUGCUCGAUGAAUCAGACAGCUCCACCUUGCCAAGGGACAAGAUCAAAGAAUGUGUGAGGAACAAGUUGAUGGGCUGGGACGCCUGGGAGCAACCUUAAAAACCGAGAUAACCUUAAAAACUGAGGUAACCUUAAAAACCAAGGUCAGAAUCCCGUCCACCCGCACCAACACCCACACCCAACAUAGGAUCAUCCCCAAGUUUAGCAUACAAUUUCUUUAAUCUCUCCUCCAUUCCCUCUUCUCCUUGUACAUUUCUCAUUUUCCCACCAUUAGCACUCCCUUCCUGGCUUCGGGCGAUUAGUGACUGAACCCGCUAUCGCGGAUUUUGUACACGCUAAGCGUCUGCCCUGGCCUGCUGUUAGUGUGUUGCAUCCUGCAAACGUCUGUAGCCAUCUCUAGCUGGGCACAGAAUAUGUUCACAGAUGUUAUAAUGUGUAAAGUCAUCUAUGAAAAGUGACUUUAUACUUUAUAGUUUGGCAUUUGUUAUCUUCAGAGUAAUAUAGCAGCUAGCAAGUAUUGGAAAUAUCAUUUCCUUUUACUAAAAUGUAACUCAUGUCAAAUCAUUGAAUCAUGUAUCAUGACUUGUAUAAAUGUGUUACAUAUCUAAGAUCUUUAUAUUUAUUGUUUACUUUUUA